CCUCACAGCAACGCUGAUGCUCUCUGUCUCCACCGCCGUGCUGGGCUUCUUUCAGUAUGGCUACGGCCUGGGCGUCAUCAACGCUCCCCAGAAGGUGAUAGAGGCCCACUACGGGCGGGUGCUGGGGGUGGCCCCUGAGGCGAGCCACGCGCUCAACGCCUCCGCGGACCACCGCGACACGACCCUCGCGAGCCUGCUGGCACCGGACGGCUUGGAGAACGCGGCCGAGCCCGAGGUGACGCUGCGGGAUGCCGUCCCCCACCCCGUCCUCACCAUGUACUGGUCCCUCUCGGUGUCUGUGUUCGCCGUCGGCGGCAUGAUCUCCUCCUUCACCGGGGGCUGGAUCGGCGACCGGCUGGGGAGGGUUAAGGCUAUGCUGGUUGUCAACGUCCUCUCCAUCGCCGGGAACCUCCUCAUGGGGCUGGCCAAACUCGGACCCUCUCACAUCCUCAUCAUCGCCGGCAGAGCCAUCACAGGCCUCUACUGUGGACUGUCCUCCGGCCUGGUGCCCAUGUAUGUGAGCGAGGUGUCCCCCACAGCGCUGCGAGGAGCGCUGGGCACGCUGCACCAGCUCGCCAUCGUCACGGGCAUCCUCUUCAGCCAGGUUCUUGGACUAGACUUUCUGAUGGGCAACGAUAAGAUGUGGCCCCUGCUCCUUGCUCUGUCUGGUGCGACUGCUCUCCUGCAGUUCUUCCUGCUCCUGCUCUGUCCUGAGAGCCCCAGAUACCUCUACAUCAAACUGGGAAAAGUGGAGGAAGCUAAAAAAAAUCUGAUAAGGCUUAGAGGAAACUGUGAUCUGAUGGAAGAGAUUGCUGAGAUGGAAAAGGAAAAACAAGAAGCUGCUAGUGAAAAGAAAGUCUCCAUAAAGCAGCUUUUCACCUCUGGGAAGUACAGGCAGGCGGUCAUAGUGGCACUGAUGGUCCAGAUAUCCCAGCAGUUCUCAGGAAUCAAUGCGAUCUUUUACUACUCUACAAACAUUUUUGAGAGAGCUGGAGUUGAUCAACCAGUUUAUGCAACCAUUGGCGUUGGAGUGGUGAACACAGUCUUCACUGUUAUCUCUCUCUUCCUCGUGGAGAAGGCAGGGAGACGCUCCCUGUUCAUGGCUGGUUUGAUGGGUAUGCUGGUAAGCGCUGUGGCCAUGACAGUUGGACUUGCACUCCUGAGCCAGUUUGCCUGGAUGAGCUACGUUAGCAUGGUCGCAAUCUUCCUCUUCGUCAUCUUCUUCGAAGUGGGGCCCGGGCCCAUCCCCUGGUUCAUCGUGGCCGAGCUGUUCAGCCAAGGCCCGCGCCCCGCCGCCAUCACCAUCGCCGGCUUCUGCAACUGGACCUGCAACUUCAUCGUUGGAAUGUGUUUCCAAUACAUUGCAGACCUGUGUGGACCGUAUGUGUUUGUGAUCUUUGCAGCUCUGCUUUUAGCCUUCUUUCUAUUUGCGUACUUUAAAGUACCAGAAACGAAAGGAAAGUCAUUUGAAGAGAUCGCAGCCGCGUUCCGCCGCAAGAAGCACUCAGCCACCAGAGGUGCCAAAGCCAUGACUGAGCUGGAGGACCUGAGAGGCAGCGAGGAGGCCUAG